CUUAAAGUUCCUUUAGAAUGGGCAGUCUUCCCUCAGACGCAUCUGGACCGCAGCAGCAGCGGCUCAUGGAGAGCUGUCCCUAACUUUACAACCCAUGUAUGCGGAGGAAUCAGCUGUAAUAUCCGGAGAGAAGUCACUUAUGCGGAAUUUGCCAGCGGAAUUUGCUUCGUUAUCACUAUCCAAAAGCAGCGACACCGACAUCACCUUCGCCAAUUCCUCGGGGGCCGUGAGAGCACCGGGCCGGCGUGGGCUUCACACGCACCAUAGAGAAGAUGAACAUCCAGGUUCUGCCAGAACAUAAGCUCUCGUCGGUGGCCCCGCUGAAACAGUGCAAUGUGGAGAAAAAAGAAGUCGAACUGAUACUGGUCAAGGACCAGAAUGGCGUCCAGUACACCAGUUCCUCCAUCAUUCCUACCCCCAGCCCCCGUGCUGGUCCUCCGGGAUCCUCCGAUGAGGAACGGGAAACUUGGGGCAAGAAAAUAGACUUUCUCCUGUCGGUCAUUGGCUUUGCAGUGGACCUGGCCAAUGUUUGGAGAUUUCCUUACCUGUGUUACAAAAAUGGAGGAGGUGCCUUUUUGAUCCCCUACAUUCUGUUCUUGGUCAUUGCGGGGAUGCCACUGUUCUACAUGGAACUUGCCUUAGGCCAGUACAACAGAGAAGGGGCUGCUACAGUCUGGAAAAUAUGCCCUAUCUUUAAAGGUGUGGGCUACACUGUGAUCCUCAUAGCCCUGUAUGUUGGCUUCUACUACAACGUCAUCAUCGCCUGGUCUCUCCACUACCUGUUCUCCUCAAUGACUGCCGAGCUGCCCUGGCUCAACUGCGGCAACAGAUGGAACAGCGAGAACUGCACCGACCCCAAGAAUAUCAAUGGGUCCCUCCUGGGCAAUGGGACGUCCUACGCCAAGUACAAGAUCACACCUGCAGCAGAGUACUAUGAACGGGGUGUGUUGCAUCUUCAUGAAAGUAAGGGCAUUCAGGACCUGGGCCUGCCUCGCUGGGAGCUGAGCUUGUGCCUGGUUGUCGUGGUCUUCAUCCUGUACUUCAGCCUGUGGAAGGGUGUCAAGUCCUCAGGCAAGGUGGUGUACAUCACAGCCACCAUGCCCUACGUGGUCCUGUUUGUGCUGCUGAUCCGAGGUAUCACUCUACCAGGGGCCAUGGAUGGCAUCAGAGCCUACCUCCAUAUUGACUUCCAACAACUUAACAACCCCAAGGUGUGGAUUGAUGCUGCCACCCAGAUCUUUUACUCGCUAGGAGCAGGAUUUGGUGUGCUCAUUGCUUUUGCCAGCUAUAACAAAUUUGACAACAACUGCUACAGAGAUGCUCUCCUGACCAGCACAGUGAACUGCGUCACCAGUUUCUUUUCAGGGUUUGCCAUCUUCUCCGUGCUUGGAUACAUGGCCUAUAAACAUGGGGUGAAAAUAGAAGAUGUGGCCACAGAGGGGGCAGGACUGGUGUUCAUUAUCUACCCUGAAGCAAUUUCUACACUGCCUGGCUCUACAUUUUGGGCUAUCGUGUUCUUCAUCAUGUUGCUGACCUUGGGCAUUGACAGCUCGAUGGGUGGCAUGGAGGCAGUUAUCACAGGCCUAACAGAUGAUUUCAAGAUCCUCAAGAGGAACAGGAAGAUCUUCACCUUCAUCACAGCCUUUGGAACCUUCCUGGUCGCCCUUCUCUGCAUUACAAAUGGUGGAAUCUAUGUGCUGACCCUGUUAGACAACUUUGCAGCAGGGACUUCCAUACUGUUUGGUGUAUUGAUUGAAGCCAUUGGAGUUUCAUGGUUUUACGGCGUGGACCGCUUCAGUGAGGACAUUGAGCGCAUGAUGGGCUUCAAGCCAGGACUCUACUGGAGGCUGUGCUGGAAAUUUGUCAGCCCAGCUUUUCUGCUGUUUGUGGUAAUAGCCAGUAUUGUGACGUCUACAGGCCUGAGGUACGACGAAUACAUCUUCCCUCAGUGGUCCAACAUAGUGGGUUGGGGUAUAGCCAUGUCCUCCAUGGCGUUUGUCCCCUGCUACGCCAUAUAUAAAUUCUUCAGCAUGCCAGGAACAUUCAAACAGAGAAUAGCUUACUGCAUCACACCUGAACACGAACAUCAUCGGGUGGCUGAAGGCGACGUACGGCAGUUCAAACUCAGGCACUGGUUAGCCAUCUGACAAAAAACAACAAAAAUUCCCUCUCGUAUCCUCACAUCUGAUGUUGUGGAGUCACUGUGUUCCUGCUAGAAGACUUGCUCUCCUCUCCAGGCUGCCAGAGGGAGGACAGAUGGGGAGAACACCCGACUCCAACCUUUUCCAACACCCUCCCUCCUUCCCCUAUUCAUUGACUGUUAAUGGUCACUCUGUAGUUUCCAUGCACAUUGAUUUCAAAAUCAUGUUUUCUGCAUUGCGCAACCAUCUCUUCAGCUUCAUGUGACUCAUCAUACAAAUGCACGCCAUGCAGAAAACCGUUUCGCCAUCAGUAUACAUACGUUAAUGUGCAUUUGCACAUCUUUAUCAUGUCUUUGCAUAGGCUCCACUUUGGUUAAUGUCUACCGGCUAGACACUAAAAUCAAAACAGACCAAAUUUUCUUCCUGUGUACUACUCCUUAGGGAAACCCAAUUAUUUACUUUUUUAUUAUUAUUUUUUAUGGUGAUUAAUAAUUGAUGAAUGAAAGUUUGCUGGUCCCGAUGAUAAUGCUGUGUAAGUGUGCAUAUAAUGUACAUGGCUAUUGGGAGAAAGUCUCGCUGCCUUGCUGUUCUGUUGGCGGAGUGGCUUAUCUGUGUCAGUGCCUUAUCAAGCAAGACACUCUAUGUUUCUUAUAGUCCGUACAGGAAGAAAUAAAACAAACUCCGUUGACUCAGGAACUCACUAAAGCAAACCACCAUUUGUGGAUGGCAUUCUCUCAUUUUUUGAGCACACACUGUUCAUCCAUUCAGAAUGACCCAGUCCUUUGAUAUUCAGCUUAAAGAGCUUGAGGUCUGGAGUGCACCAAGGUCAGGCCGAUGAGCAAAUAGGACACAGAAAAAAGGCCUGAUACUAAACUUUCAUGUCACCUUGUGUUACAUAAAAGGGAAUAAUGCAUGUGAAGCUUCUGACCAUGUGUUUUGGUGACCCCAAAGCUUUAAGAGAGGUCCUGCAGAAGAUUUCCUGAAAAUAAUAUCCCCACCUAGUAUUUUACAGGAUGCAAGACUGUCUUGCGAUAAGACUGUUUCUCAAACAAAAAUGAAGCCUGUAUUAUUUCUGGAGUAAACUUUUUUUUUUUCUCUUGAGGGAACCACUAAUAAUUAUGAGCGAUACAAGAUAAGUCUGAAUCUGUGUCAGAGAAGCCAGAUUUUCAGUUCAAGUUGCUGUUCAGCUUUUGGGUGAGUGCCUACUCACUUAGUCAAGUGAAGGUUGAAAAUUCAGCUGAGCAAAUGGCAUCACUGUUAGAAACAGUUGUGUAUUAUUGUUGUGCGACUUUUAAGUUUCCAAAUUGUUGUCGGGUCAGUGCUUUUGAGGAACAUCUGUGGCUACUCAUCCAAAGAAUAUGUAUGUGUCCGCGGGUAUGCAUGUGCGUGCGUGUGUGUGUGUGUGUGUGUGUAUUGGGGUUUGUACCAUAUACUGUUGGUGUCCAGUAUAUGGAGAGUCGAUAAUACUUCUGUCACUGUACAGUAUAUUGACCAUAUUAAAUGCAUGACAGCAUCUCAUAUUUUCAUUUAGAGCAUACAUUGUCAUGUUACUUUAAUUCACCACCAUUAAAGUGCCAAAAUUCCUUAGCAAUGUUUUGUUACCUCUCUGGUUCUAUUCCUGUGGUUCUCGUUUUAUUUAUUGGGACUUCACUCAUGUUGAAUUUGAACCAUAACUUAACACCCUUACUGUCAGGAAUAAAGCCACAAAGAAAAAAAAAUCAAACUUAUGUGGAAAAUAUAAUAAGAUAUGAAAAAUAUAUAAAUAUAUUCUUUUGUUAUAUAUCUAAUCUUGUAUUUAUCAAAAUGUUUAUAAUAAACCGUGAAUGUAAAGUAUUUUAAAUGUAACUGUCUACUGUCAUAACAUGGUGUUUGAUGUAUGUAGAGAUGUAUUCUUCAGUGUAACCCUGGGUUACUUUGCCGCAUAUGAAUGUGGACAGACACACCCUGGCUUUCCUGAACUAUGUUUACAAAAAUAGUGUGUACAAUACUAAUGUCCUGUUGAACGUGAGUGACAACUAUCUAUGAAGAAGUCUGAAAUAUUCACACUAUGCUAAUAAAGAGUU